ACUAUCAUCCCAUAUAUCGUACGUGAAGAUUUAUUACAAGAUACUCUCGAAUUGCUUUGUAUUGAAGUUAGAAAACCCAAAAGUAAACCAGUGCUUAUUUCAACUUGGUAUCGACCACCGAGUGCAAAAAUUGAAUUAUUCCAAAAGUUCGAAAACUUCCUGAAGCUGAUUGAUAAUGAAGACAAAGAUAUUAUCAUAACCGGGUAUCUUAAUUGUAAUUUUAUUGAGCACACUCAAAACCAAGCUACUUCUAAGUUAAUUGAUAUUAUUUAUAUUUUCCAACUACAGCAACACAUACAAACCCCUACUAGUACUAGAACUACUUAUAAUUCUUCGUCUCUGGUUGAUUUAAUUCUUACACAUAUCGACGAUGAUAAAACCUUAGAAGCCGGGGUUGUUCACCGUCGGAUUAGUGACCAUAGUCUUGUUUAUAUAUGUCGGAAAAUUAGCAUUCCUAAAGAGCUACCAAAAAUUGUAUUUACACGACAGUUCAAAAACUACAACUCCCACCAAUUUAAAGAAGAGCUAAGCUAUUAUACUAAUCUAGAUUCCACAUCGAAUGAUCCAAAUGUGCUAUGGAAUGAAUUUAAGAACAACUUUCUUACUAUUGCUGAAAAACACGCGCCAGUUAGACAGCGUCGCGUUAAGA